AUGGCGCGGGGCCAAAAGUUUGAGGAGUAUGUUACCAAGUGGCGGACUCAAGCAGCAAAGCACAUCCCUCCGAUCAGCGAGGCGCGACAGAUCCAACUGUUCCACUCCACACUAAGAGGAGUGUAUUAUUCGAAUUUGUUGGCCCACACUUCCUCAUUCUCCAGUCUGAUCGACACUGGGAAGAAGCUUGACAUGGGCAUCAAGCUUGGGAAGAUAGAAGGACCGACCAGAAAGGAGGAGCAGUCAUCAAAGAAUGCCGCUACUGCGCCAUCACCAACGGGCAUACUCCCGACGUAUUCAGGCACCCUUCCAACGCAUCUCCCGCCCCCGACGUCUUCAGGGGCGCUUCUACCGCCGGUCUCAUUAACUUCCGCCGCUACUGACGACCGAGCCCGCAUUACGGCACUCGAGGGCACAGUCAACCAGAUGGCCGCCAAUAUGGCAGAACUGCUCGCCCUACUCAGAGGGCAGAAUCGUGCCUCCUCAAGCUCCACGCCUCCACCGGGGCAGGGACCGACAGCCGACCCAGCACCCGGGAUUCCACCGACCCAAGCCCCGGAAAAUAUGGAUGCGCCGACCCCGCCAACGCUGCAUACGUCGGUGGCUCAACCUCUCACCAACCCAUAUCCAUCACCACCGGCCCCCACGGCCGUCCCUCUUCCACCAGCGGCAUUCCUCACCUCAGAUCAGGCCGAAGACAUCCCGACGUGGGAUGACCUCUCUCGGAAGUUCAUCGACCAGUACCGGUAUUGCGCAGAAACGCCUCCCACCCUUUUGGAGCUAAGCACGAAAGAAAUGGCGCGGGGCCAAAAGUUUGAGGAGUAUGUUACCAAGUGGCGGACUCAAGCAGCAAAGCACAUCCCUCCGAUCAGCGAGGCGCGACAGAUCCAACUGUUCCACUCCACACUAAGAGGAGUGUAUUAUUCGAAUUUGUUGGCCCACACUUCCUCAUUCUCCAGUCUGAUCGACACUGGGAAGAAGCUUGACAUGGGCAUCAAGCUUGGGAAGAUAGAAGGACCGACCAGAAAGGAGGAGCAGUCAUCAAAGAAUGCCGCUACUGCGCCAUCACCAACGGGCAAAUCGCAACUGGCGUCGCACCGAUACCCAACUCGUCAGCGUCUCAGGAUGACGGAAGAGAACCGAGUUGAUAUCUCCGAGGAAGUCAAUCCGCCGGUCCCGGUUCAUUCUCAACCGCCCCCGACACACGCUCCGCCGCCUCCAACUCCAGCAGGCACACUCCCGGCGUAUUCAGGCGCCCCUCCGACACAUCUCCCGCCCCUGACGUCUUUAGGGGCGCCCCUCCCACGAGUCUCACUGACGUCAUUCGCCUCCGACAACCAAGCCCGCAUCACGGCACUCGAAGGCACGGUUAAUCAACUAGCUGCGAGCAUGACCGCCAACAUGGCGGAACUGUUCGCCCUACUCAGAGGACCGAACCGCUCAUCCUCGAGCUCCACGCCUCCACCGGGACAAGGGCCAACAGUCGAUCCAACCCCUUGCGUUCCGCCAACCCAAAUUCCGGAGAACAUUGAUGCCCCUGCGCCGCCAACACUGCAUACGUCCACGGCUCACCCUUUCACCAGUCCAUUUUCGCCGCCACCCGCCCCCACAGCCGUCCCUCUUCCACCGGCAACAUUCUUGUCUUCGGAACAGGCCCCGUCCGCGCCUCCACUUGUCUCCAUACCGGCCCCAGCCGCGAUCUAUACCGUCCCUCCGCCGAUGGUCUUUUCGGCGCCGAGCGCACCUGCUCCGACUCACCCUCAAGCCGCAGAGCUUCCCUCCUACCCGCCUCUACAACCUCACACCAACUUUCCCUACCAAGCACCGCCGCCCAUAAACACCACUUGCCACGAACCGGGCACGCCGACUCACGCGGCCCAGUUCGCCUCACCGACUCACUUUUUCGCCGAGGCUGACACUGAGCAGGAGCGAAGACUCAAGAGGAUGGAAGAAACGAUACGGGCCCUGCAGGCAAGUGAUACUCGACCCGAUGCGCCCUACGGUGACUGUAGUCUAUUCCCGGGCAUGCGAUUACCAACGAAGGUCAAGAUCCCGGAGUUCAGGAUUUACGAAGGCACAACGGAUCUGCGGCACCAUCUCCGCCAUUACCAGGGGAAGAUGCUACAAUAUUAG